GCAGAUUUCCGAUUGAAGAGAACAGACGGAAGAACUCAUUCAAUUUUGGAAAUCAAGAUCGUGUUCAUGAACUGUCACAGUGAAUGAGGUCCACGGCCUGCAAUCUUAUCAGUCGAAGAUAAGAUCUGCCUACCUAAGAUGAUGGAGAUGUUCAAACUUGGCAGAAACAAGUAUCCGGUUUUUAGUACUUCCAACCUCUCUAAUUGUCGCAUUUUUCGCUUUUCAUUAAGAAACAGCAAGCCGAAAACAAAAUGUGCGUGAAAAAAGAAAGGGAGAAUCCAGGACUCAUUGUUCCGUACGCGUCUGCGCUUCUACUCGUUUAAAAAGGAGCAGUCAUCUCUUCUUGUAUAUUAUUGUUAAGGUUGAAAAAUGGAACUAUUUCCGUCUGCGAAUGAUUCUUUAGACGUUGCUGAGGAGAAUGGAGGCGGCAACGCCAAGGCUGCCACAGGAGUCGAGACCACAGUAGGGGUCGAAGCCGACGAAUUGCGCGUCUUUCGUUUUUUUCUCCUUUGUCCGUCCAUCUUCAGUUACUUUUUACUCAUUGCCUCGAUGCCGCAGCUAAAGUGGAUCAACCACGAGGUGCCCAUUGCGUGCAACUUUGUGUCGCUUUCCUGUGCCGCGCUACAGGUUUACGUUUCGGAGUUCGACGAUUAUAAUAAGCAGGGAUCGACGUCAUUUCAUGGGAAAAAUCGUGGUUUUGUGGAUUUCAAAAAUGGACUCUCGGCGACGCACAGUUUUUUGGUGGCGCCAUUGUCCUCGCGGUGGUGUGCUUUGCGCACUGCACCUCGAUAAACGCAUACUCCGGGAUGGUGGCGAUUCUGAUCAUGGCAAUAUGCACAGGACUGCUGCGCGACCUGGUUUGGGCGGCGCAGUGCAGGCUGCGCAGUGGUGUCGACGUUGCGGGAGGCGUCGCUGUCUCUCCGACAGCCUACAGGCAGUACCGCGAGCGUGUGAUUCUGCAAGCCACGGCGAAGAUGGGUGCGAGUUUGCUGUUCUGCUUUUUUACGAUGGCGGAGAGGGCAGGCUGCAUUGGUCUCUCUUACGAGGUGCCUUUGAAGUGUGUUCCUCUCGCAUUGUCGAACGCGAUCGUGGUGAUGUCGGUGUCCCUGUUCAACGUAUUAGUCUUCGCUCUCGGUGGAAGUGGCUUAAUGCCACAGCCGUACGCAGUGCUCACGCUGUCGUCAAAGUACUUGAGCCGCGCGGAGCGUGCAGCAGCGGCGCUGCUCGUUUUCAUCGUAUUCUUGAACUUAUUCGUGUUUGCCACAAGGGGCGUGCUGCAGUACCACGAACCCGAUGAAAAAACAGGCAAGCUAAGACUGAAAAAGGAGGCGUUCCAGUAUGUGCUGUUCCCAUUCGCCCUUUCGUGGUUGGGGGCGAUUGGAUGUUUGCGCUUCAGCAGAAAGGCACGGAAGCUAGUGCGCGGGGAUCUGCUGGUCUCAGCGGGGGCCUGAUGCAGCAUCUGCUUAAAUCACGAAGAAACCCCACACAGGAAGAGCUAGUGCCGCAGGUGCUUGUACUAGAACUAGGUCCUGUUGGACCGAAAAGGCUAAGAGAUGCAGAGUGACCAUUGUCUCUGGGAUGCCAAGCUUAUUGAGUGUGUGCAAAUUUGCACUGGCAAAGGCAUGAGUGAAGGUUCGUUUUGGCGAUGGAGCUUGUGGCGCCUGCGGGCUGUCCUUGUGGAGGUUAGCGUCAAUGGCAGCGACGGUGUAGAGCACGCAGCAGUUACCUCAAGCGCACUGGUAUUACCAGGUGCUCGCGGCUCCUACGUACGCAGCGCACCCGGACGAGACGACUCUUUUGUCGAUGCAGUAGUAAAGGCUCGUGACAGAGCGUCGUGGGCCGUGGUUACGCGCUACAUUGACUCCAGGCGGUACGCUUCGGUCGAUGGAGCGCGCGCUGGCGCUAUUCGUGUGUUACGAGGGACCCGCUCUGGUAGGCAGCAAGAUAGGCCAAGCAGAUAGCGCGUCGGGGGCUACUAAUUGGUGCACGGUCUUGCUUUUGCCUAGUCAAAAUCAAAAUUGAUCUCGGGUGAUAGCUUUCUUUUUUCCAAGAAAACAAAGGUAAACGGACGCUGACGAUUCUCUGCUCCACGGACGGCAAGCAUUGCAUUUUUUCCCCGCUAACUGCUCUCUUAGCAC